AUGAUAAAGCGCACGUACAAGGACGCGAUCAAUGCGCUAAACUCCCUGCAAUCGAACGCCGCCACCAUAGAGGCCGCCCGCCGCGCCGCCGGCGCCAACAACUCGCGGCUGAUUCCCGAGAUGCUGGAGUGGACAAGACGCAUAGGGUACAAGCCAGAGGACCUGGACCGGCUCAACGUGAUCCACGUGACGGGCACCAAGGGCAAAGGCUCGACGUGCGCGUUUGCGACAAGCAUCUUGCUGCAGUACCGGUCGCCGGUGCAGGUGCCCGGUGCCAAGAUCACCAAGAUAGGCCUGUACACGUCCCCCCAUCUCAAGAGCGUGCGGGAGCGGCUGAUGAUCAACGGCAAGCCGAUCUCGGAGGCGCUGUUCACCAAGUACUUUUUCGACGUGUGGGACCGUCUCAGCGCGUCUGCGUCCGACCCUGAGCAGUUCCCCGAGAUGGGUCCUGGUGUCAAGCCUGCGUACUUCCGGUUUCUGACGCUGCUGUCGUUCCACGCGUUCUCGAGCGAGAAGGUCGACACCGCCGUGUACGAGGUCGGCGUCGGGGGCGAGUACGACUCCACCAACAUCUUUGUGCGCCCCACCGCGUGCGGCAUCUCGUCGCUCGGGAUCGACCACACGGCUGUUCUGGGAGACACAUUGGAGAAGAUUGCAUGGAACAAGGCGGGCAUUUUCAAGCAGGGCGCGGCGUGUUUCACCGUGGAGCAGCCGGAGGCCGCGCUGCGCGUGAUCCGCGAGCGCGCGGCCGAGAAAAGGGUGGCCACGCCAGAACGCGUCCCUGGCCGUCUACCUGUGCAAGGCGCAUCUGGAGCGGCUGGGCUUCGAGCUGGGCGACUUCGAGGUGCUGCCCGAGGAGUUUGUCACUGGGCUCGAGCAGGCGUCGUGGCCCGGCCGGUGCCAGAUCAUCCGCGACAGCAAAAGGGACGACAUCACCUGGUACGUGGACGGCGCGCACACGGCGGAGAGCAUUGCGAGCGGCACGGCGUGGUUUGCGCAGUGCGCGCGCGAGUCACACCGCAAGGUGCUGCUGUUCAACCAGCAGACCAGGAACGCGGAGAGCCUGCUGAAAAAACUGCACGAGCAGAUGGACGCGGCGGGCAAGCGGUUCGACAACGCCAUCUUCUGCACGAACGUGACGUACGCGGACGGCAGGUACAGCGACGACCUUGUCUCGAUGAGCGUGGCCCAGGACAAGGUGGACUCGAUGGAGGUGCAGAAGCAGAUGGCCUCGAUCUGGGACGGGCUGAGCAAGGACUCGCGCAAACACCUGUUCCACGACAUCGAGACGAGCCUGAACUUCAUCCGGACGCUGGAGGGCCCGCUGGACGUGUUUGUGUGCGGGUCUCUGCACCUGGUGGGCGGCUUCCUGGUGGUUCUGGAGGACCGAAGCUGAAUGAAUAA